AUGGGUGUCUUCCAGGACGCCUUUGACCGUGCAUACAACAGAGACGUGGAGGGCGCACAGGCAGAUGCCAUCAAGCUGUACCGCAUGGGGCUCAAUAUUGUGUACGAGGGACUGUCCCUGCAAGUGCAGUCGUCAGGGCUGGGUGCAGGUUACAGCAACGUGGCCAAGUGGCGGGAUGACAUGAACACCUGGCAACAGCAUGUCCUCAGCAGGUUGAGGGACCUGGAGUCUGGGGGUGCAAGCACAUCAGCGCGCCGUCCACCGCAGCGGAUCGUCAGCAGCAAAAGCUCUGUGCCUGCAACUCGUGCCGUGAGAGCAGCACCUGCCCAGCCUGCACAGACAGGAAGCAAGCAGGAUGGAAGAUCAGGGGCUGGGCUUGGGGGCAAGGAGGAGGCGAGGCUGCGAGAGGUGAUAGAGGGUGAGGUGCUGGACACGCGACCCAGCGUGCGCUGGAAGGACGUCGCCGGCCUGUCAGCCGCUAAGCAGGCACGCCCUGCCCUUCAUGCGCUGCAGGAGAUGGUGAUUCUGCCGGCGCAGCGAGCGGAUCUGUUCCAGGGGCUACGGGCGCCGGCGCGGGGGCUGCUGCUGUACGGGCCGCCCGGCAACGGCAAGACGCUGCUGGCCAAGGCGCUGGCGUCCGAGGCGCAGGCCACCUUCUUCAACAUCUCCGCCUCCACCCUCACCUCCAAGUGGCACGGCGAGGCCGAGAAGCUGGCGCGUUCAACCUCACUCUCACCCUCGACCUCGCUGCUGUCCCCUCUCCAGUGUCUGCUCUUGCAUGUGCGGAUGCUGUUCAGGGUGGCGGCGGAGAUGCAGCCUGCCAUCAUCUUCAUAGACGAGAUCGACAGCAUCCUGUCUGAGCGUUCGGCCGGCGAGCAUGAGGCCAGCCGCCGCCUCAAGACCCAGUUCCUCAUCGAGUUUGACGGCGUCGCGAACGGCUCCGAGCGCAUCGUCGUCAUCGGCGCCACCAACAGACCCCAGGAGCUCGACGACGCUGUCAGGCGGCGGCUGGUGAAGCGCAUCUACAUUCCCAUGCCGGACGCGGACGCUCGGCGGGAGCUGCUGAAGCACCUGCUGCGCGGGCAGCCGGUACGGCUAAGCCGAGCGGACAUGGAGCGCGUUGUGACUGCCACAUCCAAAUACAGCGCCUCCGACCUGGCUGCCCUCUGCAGGGAGGCUGCCAUCAUCCCCAUCAGGGAGUUGGGCCAGGCGGUCACCACAGUGUCUGCAGACCAGGUCAGACACAUGGAGCUGAGAGAUUUUGGGGAGGCGCUGCAGUCCAUAAGGCCCUCUGUCAACCAGGAGCAGCUGCACCGCUUUGACCAGUGGACUCAGGAAUAUGGCACACAUUCUUAGGGGGUUGCAGCAAAUGCAUUGCUACAAUCAAGCAACUUGUAAAAGUUUGUACAGAAUACUAAACAAUUACAUAGUUACAAUAGUGUGGUGGGAUAAGGUGCUGGCAAGGGAUUUUGGUCAAUGCUUGUGCAGUCCUUUCAUUCGGGCAUCCUUUUAGAGAUCCAAGAUAAUCAUUUGUAUCAAUAGGCGUUCUCAAGUUCCAUGUAAAAUAGUAGCUGCAUUCG